AUGGAUAGACGACUCGCGAAAAUAGAGCGAAAUAGAACGCCGAUGGAAAGAAGGCCACCAGGCAGACCGCCAAAAAAGUGGAGAGACAGCUGGCAUAUAUAUCAGGAGAACAAUGAGUUUGAUAACCCUGACAAAACAAGCAAAAUGCAGAAGAAUAAGAAGAAGUUAGAAGAAGAAGAAGAACAAAAGGGCGCAGAAGAUAAGGGCGAAGAAGAAAAAGGCGAAAAAGAAGAGGGCGAAGAAGAAGAGGGCGAAGAAGAAAAGGGCGAAGAAGAAAAGGGCGAAGAAGAAAAGGGCGAAGAAGAAAAGGGCGAAGAAGAAAAGGGCGAAGAAGAAAAGGGCGAAGAAGAAAAGGGCGAAGAAGAAAAGGGCGAAGAAGAAAAGGGCGAAGAAGAAAAGGGCGAAGAAGAAAAGGGCGAAGAAGAAAAGGGCGAAGAAGAAAAGGGCGAAGAAGAAAAGGGCGAAGAAGAAAAGGACGAAGAAGAAAAGGACGAAGAAGAAGAGGGCGAAGAAGAAAAGGGCGAAGAAGAAAAGGGCGAAGAAGAAAAGGGCGAAGAAGAAAAGGGCGAAGAAGAAAAGGGCGAAGAAGAAAAGGGCGAAGAAGAAAAGGGCGAAGAAGAAAAGGGCGAAGAAGAAAAGGGCGAAGAAGAAAAGGGCGAAGAAGAAAAGGGCGAAGAAGAAAAGGGCGAAGAAGAAAAGGGCGAAGAAGAAAAGGGCGAAGAAGAAAAGGGCGAAGAAGAAAAGGGCGAAGAAGAAAAGGGCGAAGAAGAAAAGGGCGAAGGAAAAAAGGGCGAAGAAGAAAAGGGCGAAGGAAAAAAGGGCAAGAAGAAGAAGAGGGAGAAGAAGAAAAGGGAGAAGAAGAAGAAAAGGGUGAAGAAGAAAAGGGCGAAGAAGAAAAGGGCGAAGAAGAAGAGGGAGGAGAAGAAAAGGGCGAAGAAGAAAAGGGCGAAGAAGAAAAGGGCGAAGAAGAAAAGGGCGAAGAAGAAAAGGGCGAAGGAGAAAAGGGCGAAGGAGAAAAGGGCGAAGGAGAAAAGGGCGAAGGAGAAAAGGGCGAAGGAGAAAAGGGCGAAGGAGAAAAGGGCGAAGGAGAAAAGGGCGAAGGAGAAAAGGGCGAAGGAGAAAAGGGCGAAGGAGAAAAGGGCGAAGGAGAAAAGGGCGAAGGAGAAAAGGGCGAAGGAGAAAAGGGCGAAGGAGAAAAGGGCGAAGGAGAAAAGGGCGAAGGAGAAAAGGGCGAAGGAGAAAAGGGCGAAGGAGAAAAGGGCGAAGGAGAAAAGGGCGAAGAAGAAAAGGGCGAAGAAGAAAAGGGCGAAGAAGAAGAGGGAGGAGAAGAAAAGGGCGAAGAAGAAAAGGGCGAAAAAGAAGAGGGCGAAGAAGAAGAGGGAGGAGAAGAAAAGGGAGAAGAAAAAUAAGAGGGAGAAGAAAAAUAAGAGGGAGAAGAAAAAUAAGAGGGAGAAGAAAAAGAAGAGGGAGAAGAAGAAGAGGGAGAAGAAGAAGAGGGAGAAGAAGAAGAGGGAGAAGAAGAAGAGGGAGAAGAAGAAGAGGGAGAAGAAGAAGAUAAGAAAUGUCAAAAAAUAA